GAACAGACAAGGCUGUAUGGGCUUAGAUCCCCUUGCCUUUCCUAAUAAGGAAAAAUUGUACCAAAAAAAAGAAAUUUAACCUGUAUUCUUUGUUAUUGUUUUGGUUCUGAAAAUAAGGUUAAUUCAACACUUCAUAACAUUUCGUUUUAUAGAAGAAACAUGUCCGAAAGACAUAAUUCGGAGUCUUCAACAUCUGAAACUGAGAUGACUACUGGCAGCUCUACAAAUUUAAAGUCAAAAAAAGUGUUACAUUCUAACAAAAAAACAGUUUUAACUGAAAAUGAGCACCGUACAAAGAAACAGUAUUCUGAAGGUAAAGAAAUUAAAAGUUUUGACAGUAAAAUUAACGUGGAACCGCAUAGAGCAAGAGAUUCAGAAGAAGAAAUUUCUGAGACUGAUGAUAAAAACUCAGAUAUGUCAACGACUGAAUCAGAAGUUAGUGCCUGCAGUUCCAACUUCAACCCAAUAAAGGCAUUGUAUUCCAAAAAGAGUAAAAUACCAGUGGAAGAUGCACCAGUAUUUGAGAAUCUAGAACAGUUAAUGUCUUCGUUCAAGAACGAUUCAGUAUUACCCGUUGGGUAUGGAAGUAUUGUUAAAGAGAGGGAAGAAAAAAAACUCAAGCUAAAACUGGAAGAAGAAAAACUGUUGGAAGAGAAAAAUCGAGCACGUUUUGCACAGUACAGAGAUUUGAUGCCGACCAAAAAAAUAAGACGAAAGAAAAACGUGUUGACUAAAAUGGAAAAUGUCAAAGGUCCGUUGGGCGCCUUGAAAGAAUGCGUCGAUGGAAGACUCAGGAUAAAGGUAACAACUAGGAAUGAGAAAGGGAUCAGAGGGCUCCUCCACGCUACCCUGGUGGCUUUCGAUAAGCAAUGGAAUCUAGCACUUAGCGACGUUGUGGAGGAAUGGACACGGAAAUCGCCAAAUAAAAGGAAAAUACCCCCGGCCGUCGGUAGACCAGUUCCUAAGGGUACAGCAUCGACUAUAUCGACCGUUCCUAAAGUCAUUGAAAAUCCGCUCGGCAAAGGAAUGUGGCAAUGCACUCGGUAUUUACCCCAGUUACUGGUCAGAGGUGAGCACGUCGUAAUCAUUAACAUAGUGGAACGAUAAUAUACGCAGGAGCACAACUCUAUCGUUGCGUUCUGGUAAUUUUAUAAACUAUACCAUAAUAUUGGUGGCAUCAAUUGAACUAUGGCAGCAUCAGACUAACUCGGCUAGAAAUUUUUAUUUAAACGGUUUCUCUGAUUAAAAUAUGUUUGUUUACAUUUAAUUAGCUUUUAAGUAUUCCAGCGUAAAAUGUAAUAUAAUUAAUGUAAAUUGGUGUAUAUUAUAUCAGAAAAAAUAUAUUCGAAUCUCUGCAAAAAAAAAGGUGAUGUACUUGUGAUUUAAGUUUAGACUAUUCUGUAUUAUUCGAAUCCUGGUUCUUUUGAUUAUUAAUUGAUUAAUUGCUCAGUGCGCUAAUUUUAAUAAGGACGCUAAGGCGAUUAAACCGGCUUGUAACCAUUAUUGUCUAUUUUGAAAAGACUAAAAUAUUUUUGGUCCAAUAAUCUUUAAGAAGGCUCAUAGGCAGAAGUGCGCUGGUCGGACCAGAUACGUUCCACUCUCAACACUUCAGUCCACGUUGCUAUCCACACAGCCGAGGAUAGGCAGGAGCGGCGCAGGAUAAUCCAGAAGAAAGUUAUUAGACGAGGCCUGGUAGGCAGCGGCGUGGCCCUUGGCAUUGCUGACGUCCAUGAACGAUGGUGACCACUUACCAUCAGGUGGGCCGUAUGCUCGUCUGCCUACAAAGGCAAUAACAAAUAAAAAAAGGCCACGACGAGCAUUGAGGAUUAUUGACGCAACGAGGAGGAUUCUUUAUUUUAGAAGAAACAAAUUUUCUGAUCUUAAUUUUCUCCGACAUGUAACUAUAUUAAUGAUACGUGGGAGAAUAGAUUAGUUUGUGAUUCGACAAAUUCUGGUUACUUGAGUAACGUUUAAAAAUGGAUGAUAUUAUUUUUGGAUAUUGUUUUUUUUUGUCGGCCCCCUUAAACACUGUUAGGGGAUUCCCGGUGAUUGGUAAAAGUGGCUCAGGACUCCAAGGCCAUAAAGCCUCAUCCUAAAUUUACAUAUAGCAUGGAUUAUUUUGAUUUAAACUUAAAUGAGAUUUGGUUACAUUUAGUUUCUAUCAUCACAGUUACUAUUAGAUAGUAAGAUAGAAUAGAAAUAAUAUUUUAUCACGCACUGAUUGUGAUAGUGUGUUUACAAAAACGAUAAAAUAUUGAAGGCUUUGUAAAAAACACUUUGAAACGAUUUAUCACAGAAGGAAGGCUUAUUGUAAAUAAUCUGACAGUUCACGUCUCGUAGAUUUUUUUUUGUAUAUUUGACGACACUCGAGAGCACUGCGACGUGUGAUGUGUGUUCACGGGUGCUCACAGUUGAAAAUGCGUUAAAAACGUAUUUAUAUUUUUAAUGGUGAAGGAUGCGUGUUGGUAAGUCAAGUCCGUCAGUUAUCAAUGACGCCGGAAUGUUAGGCGCAUUCAUCUCAAACUCAGUGCAAAGCACGUGUCACGCAAUCACCGGUUCAAUCCGGGUGGUACGUGGCCUUAAGUAAUAGAGAUUGACAUUGUGGAGGGUAAUCCUAAAAUGGAUGUGAGAGAGACAUUUGAAACACGUUGGAGAUGUAUACGCCAAUUGUAUCUGCGUCUCAUUAGAAUAAGAUGUGAUAUGCUUUUGCAAGGCUACAGUAAUCAUGGAUUAGUAAAUAGAUUUGUUUAAUUAUUUUUAAGUAAAUAUAUAUAUAUAUAUUUUUUUUAAUUAA